UGUAAUAUAUUUAAAAAAAAAUUAAAUUAAGUUUAAAAUCUAUAUGAAAUCCACUUAUAUUUUACUAAAUAAUAAAAUAAUUUAAUAAAAUAAAAUUUGUAAAAUUGUUACAAAUAUUUGAUACGAUUAAAUUUGUAUUUUUUCUAAAUAUCAAAUUUUUAUUUCACAAAUCAUGAACAUCACAAAAAAUAUAAAUUUAAUUGUAAAUAAAAUAUCUAUAAUCAAAAAUAAAUUAUUUUCUCCUAAAUAUUUACUUUAUACUAAUGUCACAAUAUCUAUUUCUCUCUCUGCUACUGGAGAUGUAUUAGAACAAUAUUAUGAAAUAUUAAAGGGUGAAUGGGAUAAAUGGAGUAUAAAUAGAACAAAAAACAUGGCUAUAUCUGGUAUGUCUAUUGGCAUAGUCUGUCAUUAUUGGUAUAAAUAUUUAGAUGCUAAGUUGCCAGGUCGUACAAUUAACAUUGUUUUGAAAAAAGUUUUUAUAGAUCAAUUAGUCUGUUCUCCACUUUGUAUUACAAUGUUUUUUUUAACAUUAGGUCUUUUAGAAAAAAGCAAUUGGUCAGAUUUAAAAAAUGAAAUUAUUAAGAAAGCAUAUAGAUUAUACAUAGCAGAAUGGAUCAUUUGGCCACCAGCACAAAUUUUUAAUUUUUAUUUUUUACCAACUAGAUAUAGAGUUCUUUAUGAUAAUACUAUAUCUCUUGGUUAUGAUGUGUAUACUAGUCAUGUAAAACAUGAUAAUCUAAUGUACAAUUCAAAAAAUAGUAAAUAUUGACAAAGUAUUUCUAGAUAGGCUAUUUAAUUAAAUAUAUAUAUAUAUAUAAUAUAUAUAUAAUAUAUAUUGUUAUAUUGUUAUUAUUACAAAUAACUAUAAUUUUUGUUGUACUUUUUGAUUUUAUGCUAUUAACUCUUCUUAUAUGUAUAAAUUGUUCUUAUAAUGUUUAUAAAUUUUAAAAAUUUAUAUAUUUCAAAAACAAAAGAUAUUUCUUUUCAUUUUUUAAAAUUAUUUUUUUUUAUAAAAAUUAAUAAAAUAAGAAAAGAUUAAAUAUUAUAAUUUUAAAUCUUACAUUUUGAUUGGAUUUUUUAUCUUGAUCAUUUUUACUUCUUAUCUUAAAAAAUAAAAUUUAACAACUUCUAAUAAUCUAUUUAUUUAACAUAAACAAAUAUAAGUACCUCUAUUUGCUACAUUUUUUUAUCUUACAUCCAGAUAAAUUCUUGACAUAGACCCUACAUUGGAAGAUGACUUUCAGUUUCAAUGUAUGACCAGAAUGCAAGAUAAAACAGUAAGUAUUUUUAAACAUUUUUUGUUAUAAGUUUUAUGGUAAGAUAGUAUAAAUUUACACAAUUAUUAAAAAUUGUAGUAAUUCAAUGAUAUUUAUCUAUUUAGUUUAAAAUAAAAUUACUCAGAUAUUUUUUUGAUAACUAUUUCAUUUGGCAAAUGGAAUCGAAUUGGAUGUCCUGUAAGUUUUUCCUGAUAAAUUUAUUCUCAUUGCCUAGGAUUCUGAAGUGUUUGAAUAAUUUAAUUUAGUAAUAAUUUUAUAUAGUAUAAGAUAAGAUAAUUGUAAUAGAUUGUUAACAUAAUAUUUUAUCAUUGGAAUCUUGUUUUUAUAUUUUGAAGAAUGCAGUAUGAUUAUAUACAAGAAAAAUUUAGUGUUAAUUUAAAUGAAAUAUUUCUAUUUAAAAAACAAAUAUUCAAAAAUCUAGAAUAAAUAAACAUUUGUUUAUUAUUAUAGAAAUGAUUAUUAUAGAAAUGAUAUUGCCUUAAUUAAUUAAAUUUGUGAACAUUUUCAUUUUCUGGAGAAUCAAAAUAUAAUUCAGUUUGACAUAUUAUUUAUUCUUUUUUUAAGGAAAAAUAUAUAAUUAUUCUUUAAUUUUUCUUUAUAGAUAUAAAGUUUUAAUGCUUGAAAAAAUUACCAGCAAUAAUGGAAACGCGUUUGUAAUCUAUAAAGAAAUUAGCUUGUACAUUUUUUAUAAUAAUUUUUUGUGAAUUUCAUUUUGCAAAAUUGUAAAAUAUUUUAUAUAUACUUACAUAUACACGAAGCGUUUUUUUUAUAUAUAGAAUUUGACUAAUUAUAAAAACAUAUAUUUCAAAACAUUCCAUCAUGAAUGCCAAUUGGUACAAGAACUGCAAUAAAUAAUAAUAAAUUGCGAGCCACUAAUCUCCAAUCAUUUGGUACUGCAUAUGGUGCUAAUACUUGAGUUAAUCUAUGUAUCUAUCAAAAUAAAUGAAAUACUUCAUACUAUACCAUAUUUUACAUUAUAUAAAAUUAGAUAUAAAUUUGUUAUUAAUUCUAGACAUAUAAAAGAAAUUAAAUACUUACUUCGUGACUUGCACAUAUAAAGAUGAAUGAUGUAACUAAAAGAUUUAAUACUGGAAAUCUUGGCAAUAAAACUAAUACACCAUGCGAAUCUGCUGCCAACCAAAUGUGACCUUGUGCGACUAGAGUUUCUAAGCUGAUGCGACCUAAACCAGUCAAAAGAGCUGAAUGUUUACCACGUAAUGCUAAUGAUGCAUUUCUAAGUGCAAUGUAACCUAUAAUCUGUAAUUAAAAAAUUGAAAUUUAAUUGUUUGAAAAUAAAUUUGAAACUAAAUUAUAAUUUAUAAAUUAUUACUGGAAUAAAUGCAACAUAUGAGUGAAUUUCCUCACAUUCAGAUACUGAAUGACAUAAUAUUGUAAAAGUAGUAUAAGCAGUUAAAGAAAUUAAUGCUAAUAAAGAAGAUAAUGCAGUUCCUGGAA